UGACGCGAGGGGAGGCUGUGUGACCUAAUGUGGGCGCGGCUAAAACGCGAGUGUGUAUGGUUUGAUGACAAACAUCGGGGGCGUGCUUUUAAAGGAGGUCAUUGGAAGCUGGACUGCAGGAAGGAAUUUUCCCACCUGAGCAGAUAUGGGGAAUUCAGAAAGUGGAUCCUACAACAAACGGCUGUCUGUAAUUUCUCCUGAAGAACAGUCUGAGAUUGAGCAAAGCUUUGAGAAAAUGCCCUUCAUUAAAAGUGGAUCCAAAAAAUCUCUGAAUUUAAAGACAUUCCAGGAUUAUUUAGGGAAUUCCUUGCCAAGCUUUAUCACUCGGCGAAUCUUCAGGGGAAUCCAGAGCAUAAACCUUAAUAACAAGUCGCCCAUCAUGGGUGAUGAAAUCAGCAAGGAACAGUAUUUGUUGUUCUUUGCAGAUAUCCUUAGAGGAACAUCAGAUGAAAAGAGCUGGAUUAUGUUUCAUAUGAUAAACCUUGAAAACAGUGAGCAGGUGAAAGGGGAGCACGUCCAGCAGUUUUUAAAAGACCUGAUAACUGCUGUGCUGCAUGUAUUGAAGGGAAAUAAUGUUCUGAGUGGCUGGAAAUUGGAAAAAGUUGAAGAUUCUUCUUUUGGGAUACAGGCCCUGGCAUUACAUUUAUUGUCACAAUUAAAAACUUCAGAUGGACAGACAAUUGAAGGAAAAGAGCUUUUAAAUUGUUUCUGUUCACGGGCAUCUAUUGAAGAAUGGUUGUACAAGGUUCCAAUGAUAUCCACUUUGUUACGGGUUGUGUUGACUUUAGGGUUGUCUGUUCUAAAACAACAAACAGAUUAUGAAACAGAAAUCCGCUCUCUGGUGCCUAAGUGCCGGGUUGUGAAGCAGCCAUCCUUUGUUAGCCUUUUGGAUCUUCCAUCUGUAAUGUUUCUGAAUUACCAACUACCCUCUGAAAUGCAGCAGAAGUGGAGACUCCUGUUUUCCUCGCAGAUCCAUGGCGAGAGCUUCUCCAAGCUUUGUGGUCACCUUGUGGACCAGGGCCCAAGCUUGUUGGUUUUGAAGGAUUCAGAUGGAUUUAUCUUUGGGGGGUUUGCAUCACAAAAUUGGGAGGUUAAACCUCAAUUUCAAGGAGACAGCAGAUGUGUCUUGUUCUCCAUUUUCCCACAUCUCAAUGUGUACACGUAUACAGGAUACAACGAUCAUUAUAUGUAUCUGAACCACGGGCAGCAAACCAUGCCUAAUGGACUGGGAAUGGGGGGGCAACACAAUUAUUUUGGACUAUGGAUAGACAGUAAUUUUGGAUCAGGACACAGCAAAGCUAAACCCAGCUGCACUACAUACAAUAGCCCCCAGCUCUCUGCCAAAGAAGAAUUCACCAUUGAUGCAAUAGAAGUUUGGGCUGUUGGAGAACUGUCUGAAGAGCUAGUGGCUAAAAACAAAAAAAGCAUUCUAGAUGCUGACCCUGAAGCACGAGCGUUGCUUGACAUGACCGGGAAAGGACGCCAGAGUGAGGGUCUAAGGGAUAAAAGUGAAGAUGAUGAUAUGUAGCAUUGAUAAGUGACACAUGGGGAUUCUGCCAAUUCUAUCUGUUCAGCAUUGCUGGCAAAUCUUUCAGCCAUUUUCUAGGUUUUGCUCUUAUGGAAAAUCAGUGCACUGCAGAUUUUCUGCCUUUUUACGGCUCACUUUAUUAUGGGAUUAUAAUUACACAAGUGAGUGAGUAAUCAGGAUGGUUUCAUAAAAAGGCUGUGAAGUUCUCUCUGAAACCGUCGACAAUGUACAGACGACUGUAUAUGGAUGGUACUUUUUUGUACUCUACUUAUUCAGCUUGCAAGCUAUGGAUUUUUUUUUAAAUGAGUCUAUGCUGCACUCCUACAAUUGUAUUAUAAAAGUAAGAAAUAUUUUAAGUUUUCAAACUCUUCUCAGUUAUUUACAAGGGCAGUUAGUCACAUUUUGCAUUUUAUUUAGUUUUAUAUUUAAAAAGAAAGUGUGCUGUUCAUGUCACUUCAUUCAUUAUACUUGCUAAUACUUCAGUGCUUCCACAAGGUGGCACUAUCUUGCUGCCAACUGGUUUCUGUAGAUUUAUAAAAAAAAAAGAAAAUCUCAUUGCUAUGACUUGUAUAUGUCUAAAAUUUUAGAGGAAAUUAACCACCACUUUAUUUUAUUUUGCAGUAUUUAUAAACAUCUGAAAAAUUAAAGGGAUAUUGUACUAUAAAAUUGUCACCCCUCAAUGUGUUUCUAGUGUUUUGUUACACCAGCUGCAAAAUGUUACAUGUCUGGGAAAUUGCUCCUUUUUUUUUUUCUACUUACAAAAACUGUUUUUGUUCAUUGAAACUUAAAACCUACCAUUCUCAAGAAUAUGUCCAUUUAAAUGGACUGAGCCUACAGGAAGAGCAGGUCUCAUUCUCUCUCUCUCCUUCUCUAUAAACAAAGGUUUGCUUAUAUUAUCUCUUAUUUAUACACAAAGGUCAAUGCUUAGGUAUUGAAAUUUUCAAUUGCUAUAAUAAAACUAAAGAUGCAAUUUCCAUUACAUGUCAGUGGGAAACGUAGAGCUACAAUGGGCAAGUAGCUCAUUGUAUUCCAAGCACUGAGAACAAACUCCUGCUGGGGUGAUUUCUGUUUCUGCCUCUUCUAUACAUACAUUUUCAAUAGAUGAUACUGCAAUAUUACAUUGCCUUUUAAAAGGCAAAAGCAGCUAGUUCAAAUAAAAUAAUGGCAAAUGAGCUAUCUGAAAAAAAAAUAUUACACUUUAGCAGGUAAAAUAAAUCAUUGGGAACAAGGGGAGAUAAGUUUACAGUACAAUGUCCCUUUGCGCCAUGUGUAUCUAGGUACUACAUCACACAGUACUUUGCCCUGCGUGCUGUGUUAACUUAGUACCUACCUACAGAGGCACAUGUGGCGCUUCCUGCGGUCAUCUUAAAUAGCAGGAGCCACAAACCAGGGGGCAGAAGGCAUAUGCCUUCAUAUGAUAUGGGAGCACUGAUCGUGCUCCGGUACCAUAUGAAGCCAGAUAGCUGAUUGUUACAGAGAGUGAAACUGUCAUUCUCUGUAAGCAUCUGCUGUUGAUGCAGAAUGGGAGCAGUGGGACGUAAGGAGGGAGCUUGUAUUUAUCAUGUAUAUGUGUUUAUAUUACUAUUAAUACAUUUACAGUGUUUUACUACACCAGUAGCAGUAUUAUUUGUUCUUUCCAUCAGCUGCAGACAUUGACAUACCAUUGUACAUGGCAGUGUGUGUACUGUGCUGUAAACUUGUCUUUCUAAGAAUUACAAAGCCGUUUUUGUGUAAAAGAGAUGGGACCUUCAGCAAGUACAAAACACGCAUUAGGCCAAAAUAAUGGUUACAAUUCCAGAGGUAAGGUACUGAUGCUAUAAAGUCCAAAGAAAAAUAUAGGCACUACUCGGAGUGAAAUAAUAGAAAUACGUUAUUCAUACAAAAAAGAUGAAAAAAUCCACAGGAUUGACAGAGGCUAACAGGUCGGACACGUUUCGCUCCCCCUAAUGACGCUUACUCAUAUACUUAGCAACCAUACAGAUGAUAUCUUAUUAAUGUCAUUUAACCCCUUGUGCAUAAUGCAAACAGAUUAAAAGCAAUACACAAUUAAGAACAAAAUGAAUGUACAAAAGACAUUAAAUAAGGAACGGUAUUAGUUGAAAAGCCAAAUAUGAUAUAAGGUUAAAGGGACAUUAAACACUUUGGGCUGGUAAUAUAAAAUGAUAAAUUGUAUAUAUAAAACAACUCUGCAAUAUACUUUCAUUAUUUAUUUUUUCCUAUUUGCCUGUAAUUCCAUUCUGAAAUUGUGAGCUUUUCAGUUCCUGUUAGAAAUGGAAGUGCAGAACACUGUUUAAUCCAGCACAACCAUUGGCUGCACACUCUAAUGACCUAUGUAUAACUGUCCCUAAUUGGCCACAGCAGAGAAGGUAACACAAGUUACAACAUGGCAGCUCCCAGUGUUUUAUAGACACUAAAACUUUACACUUAUUUUGUCACUUUUUAAACAACUAUUGAAACUUUUAAAAAUACAUCUACAUGUUAGUCAUGGACUAAUCUUUUCUUUGAAUGCAUCAUUCUAUCUAGGAUGUAUUUAGUGUUUAAUGUCCCUUUAAAGCAAACAUCCUCCCAGAUAAGUUACCAAAGUAUGUACUCAUAGUUAGUAUUCAAAUCUAAAUGGUUGUUAAUAAAUAUGAAUAAUUAAUAAUAAUAUAAUAAUUUCAUUUCACACAAACAAACACGUAAAUUCACAAAGAUAAAAUAAAGCAAUAGCCAUAUUCCAUAAUAAUUCAAUUGCAUUUGCCUAUAACACAAUAUUCAUAUGCGUGCAUUACUUAAUUCUAAUAUAUUAGUUCAUACAUUAUAGAUAAUGCAUUAGUUAUACAAUUUUUUAAUUUUUUUUAUUGAGGUUGUGAGAAAUGUAACAUAAAAGAUUUGUCUAUAGACAAUAAUAACAGAAAUAGGAUAUACAUUGUCACGCAAAUAAGCAGAUAUGUUACAGCUUUAGACAUCGAUUCUGUGCUCCUGUAGAACAGUAUAAACAAGUAAUUGUUAUCAAUAUAAUAAAAGGUAAGUUGCUAAAGAGAUGCAGAAGCUAUAACUAUAAAGUAUAGAGCUAUGUCUUGUAUUUUAAUUGUCUGUGUGAAGAGAAAAGAAUCUAUAAUAUGAAAUAAAUAAAUAGAAGUGAAAUUUCAGAACAUGCUUGACUAAUGUCAGAAAAGAGUUCGGACAAGAUAUAAUGGAACCUCAGUUUUAUAUUAUAAAAAAAGGAAAAUGUUCCCCACAUUGCCAUAAUGAACACUCAUGAAUCUUUCUAGUCUAAUAAAAUUGGGGCAAGGGGAUUUAGCUUUUUGUUUUGGUCACUCUUGGACCAAAGUAUUUAGGGAAGGGGGAGGGUGAGUUCAGUGGGCAAGAGCAGCUCUGAGUGAAGAGAGGGAGGGGAGAAGGGGUGGAGCCUUCUAAGAUGACAGAACAAUGAUGAAGGGAGUGAGUGAAGGUCAUAUAUAUAUAUAUAUAUAUAUAUAUAUAUAUAUGGGUGGGUUCUAGGAGGGAUGACUUUCUGUUUACAUGACUGAAAAGGAAGGGACAUAGGGCUAGAUUUAUCAAAGGCUAGGCAAACUCUGUUGUGCUUCACCUGUAACUGCGCCCCAGCUCGCCUCCGGAGAAUUUAUAGAAAAAAUAGAUGUAACUUUGCGCAGGCGAGCUGGGACGUAAUGAUGAUAAAUUUCGCCGGUUGAAAAUGGCACUCCCUAUUUAUCACAGUACAUACCUAUAAAUAUUUACGCCGCCAUGUUUUGAUUAUUAAAAAAGCGUUUUUUUAAGUUAAUAUUUAGCUUAUAAUUCUAUAAUGUUUCUGUGCUGUUUUUGACAUAUGUUGAUCAUUUAAGAUCGCAAAAAUAAAUACAUACCCUGGCAGAA